AAGGAAGAGCAGAGAGAGGGUUCAGACAUCAGAAACACACACACACACACACACAUACACACACACACACACAGGUACACAGCGGGACGUCAAGUGGAAGAACUUAAGCUGUUGAGGAGGGAGCUUUCACAGACCGGAGAAGAACACCUUUCUUCCUUCAUAACACUAAUGGGUAAAGAAGCGAGAAUGGGGUGUCCUGUGUGGAUGUUGGCUCUGGCUAUGCUGUGUGCAAGUGGCGCAGAGGUUAGAGCCCAGUGCUGGGAAAAUACUGGCUGCAAAGAUCUAAGCUCUGACAGAAAUAUCCUGGACUGCAUCAAGUUGUGCCAAUCUGAGCUUACAGCAGAGUCUCCUAUCUACCCCGGAGACGGCCACCUCCAGCCCUUCUUGCUCAUGCCAAAUGAAAUCCCUGCUGCCACGCUUUCCACUCCACAAGAAGAUGAAGCUCCAGAGUCUGGACCACAGCAUGAUGACAAGCGCUCCUACUCCAUGGAGCAUUUCCGCUGGGGAAAGCCCGUGGGUCGCAAGCGCCGGCCCAUUAAGGUGUACGCCAACGGGGUGGAGGAAGAGUCGGCCGAGGUCAUGCCGGCAGAGAUGAGGCGCGAGCUAGGUGAUGUCGAGGACAGCACCGUCAGCCAGCAAGAUAAGAAAGAUGGGUCCUAUAAGAUGAAUCACUUUCGCUGGAGUGGCCCACCCACCAGCAAGCGCUACGGAGGUUUCAUGAAGUCUUGGGAUGAGCGCAGCCAAAAGCCACUGCUCACACUUUUCAAGAACAUCAUCAACAAAGACGGGCACCAGAAGAAGGACCACUGAAGAACUGUUCAGUAACAUUAAAACAUUUGACCUCAAACUCAUACUCUUUGAAAGUUAUCCUACUGUACACAGUAAAAUUCUAAUUAGAUUAAAAUGAAACUGGAAUGACUUUGUUAACUAACAGUAGUUUCUUCUUGUAGCCAGCAUUACAUUCACAUUCAUAUAAUCUACAAUAGUUGCAGACUAGAAGUAAUAUGCUGAUUAAAAUAUUGAUUAGAG